GUCAAACAUAUGGAUUAUUUAUGGUGGUGGGCCUUUGCGGCAGUGAAAAAUUUACUGUUUUUAGUUUUUUCAUGACUUUCGACAUCAUAUUUUGGAUUUAAAUAAUCAUGAUGGAGGGUUCCUUAAGUAAAUGGACGAAUGUGAUGAAAGGUUGGCAGUAUCGGUGGUUCGUUCUGGAUGAAAAUGCCGGACUCCUCUCCUACUACACGUCUAAAGAGAAGAUGACACGCGGCGUACGGCGAGGCUGCGUGCGGCUGCGCGCCGCCGUCAUAGGUAUAGACGAUGAGGACGAUUCUACGUUCACCAUCACAGUGGAUCACAAGACUUUUCAUUUCCAGGCCCGAGACGGUUCAGAACGCGAGCGCUGGGUCCGGUCCCUCGAAGACACGAUCUCCCGCCACGGUCGGAGGUCGCGCUGGUCGCGGAGCGUACCCGCGCCCAGCGCGCGGCACGGCGACCUCGAGCGGCGGAUCGCGGAGGCGGACGCGUACCUGCAGAUCAUGAUCGAGCUGGUGGAGAAAAUGACACUCAGGGUAUCAGAGCUGGGUGACCCGCAUGAGAAGGCGAAAGGACAAGUUAUAUUAGACCAUUCCAAUGCAAUGUUGGAUAACAUUAAACAUUCCAUAGUGCUUCUACAAAUAGCUAAGAAUACAGUAAAUCCCGUAAACGGUGUCUACCAAGGACCUACAAGUACCUCACAAACACAUAUCAAACAAGGUUCAUCAGACGUGUCUCCGCACGUGGAGCUGGGCUCCGAAUGCCGAGAACUGUCUACUUCCACAUCCUCACUGCCAUUGGAAACCAUCGAAGCGACAAGGCAAGCCAUGUCGCUACUAGUCCCCGACACGUCGUACUCGUCGUCAGAAGGGGAAGACGACUUCUACGACGCGGACGACGGGGUGGACAACACGCAGCCGGGACCUAGUGCAAGUCGGAAUUGUCCGGCAGAGGGCGCGCCUGAGCCGGACUCAGCGCCGCCCGUCGACCUGCCGCGGACGCGAGAUGGAGAAAUCGACUAUGACGCGUUAUACGAGGAGGAGUCAGACAGCGAACUCGGUUCGAUGGAGAACCAUGGGUCCGUGGUCACGCAUUUGCUGUCACAGGUCAAGAUUGGAAUGGACCUUACCAAGGUCGUCCUCCCCACAUUUAUCCUAGAAAGGCGAUCGUUGUUAGAAAUGUACGCGGACUCUUUCGCACAUCCCGACCAGUUUGUCAAGAUAGUAGACCAGCCAACGCCCCGCGACCGCAUGAUCCAAGUGGUCCGGUGGUACCUGAGCUCAUACCAUGCCGGCCGCAAGUCCCAAGUGGCCAAGAAACCCUACAACCCCAUCCUGGGGGAGGUGUUCCGCUGCUACUGGGACCUGGACGCUAAUGAAUCACAACCCCAGGACAAGCUACAAGAAGUCGGGGACGGGCCGGUUCCCUGGUGCACUCCCGAGCAGCUAUCGUUCGUGGCCGAACAAGUUUCCCACCAUCCACCCAUCUCUGCGUUCUACGCGGAACAUGUUAAUAAACGUAUACAGUUCGAGGCGUGGGUUUGGACAAAGAGCAAAUUCCUGGGGCUGUCAAUCGGCGUCCACAACAUCGGCAAGGGUACAGUUACGCUGCUAGACACCGGCGAAGAGUAUACGCUCACCUUCCCCAACGGAUACGGCAGAUCAAUACUAACGGUCCCAUGGAUCGAGCUCGGCGGCUCAGUAUGCAUAGAGUGCGUGCAAACCGGCCACAAGGCCAACGUGGAGUUUCUCACCAAGCCCUUCUACGGGGGCAAGAAACACCGCGUGACCUGCGAAGUGUUCGCCGGGACUGAGAAGAAACCGUAUUAUACGGCGCAGGGGGAGUGGAACACGAGGGUGGACGGACGGUGGACGGACUCAGGGCGCACCGAAGUCCUCUUCGAGGUGUCGAACAUGAAGCCGCGUCGCAAACGCGUGGCGUCCGUGUCGCGCCAGCAGCCGCACGAGUCGCGCCGCAUCUGGCGACACGUCACCGCCGCGCUCAGGGCGCAGGACUGCGAGCAGGCCACGCUGGCCAAGAGCAGGGUCGAGCAGGCGCAGCGGGAUCAGGCCAAACAGAGGGCGGCCAACGGGGACAAGUGGAACACGCAGCUAUUCAGCCCGGUGGGGGAGGACGCGUGGGAGUACAACGCGCCACUACGCAAGCGCCGCGAACGACGCAACGACAGCGAGCGGUAAUGUCGCCACGUCGCCGUCGCGUUGUCGCAGCGUUGCCGCCGUGUUGCCCUCGGGUUGUCGCCGUGUCGCCAGCGUGUUGCUUGGGCCUGUUUCAAGGGCGUUCCACUAGUGUCGUUCGCC